AUUCCAGUGCCAGUUGUUAGAAGGUCUUCCAAGAGACAGGUUCUUCUCCCUGACUGAGACUGAGACUGAGUCGGAAUCAUGUACAAGUUGGAUACUAAAGGAGGCAUCAUUGGCUCGGGAUGUGCCUCCAUUGCCUUUGCCAUCAUCUACUUGGUUCUGAUGGAUGACCAUUUCUGGCGAGUUGUUCUUGCAGUUGGACUAUAUGAGUUCGGAAUACACAUUUCAUCUCUUCAGAUAUUAGGCAGUAUCGUUCUCAUUGUGGGUGCUAUCAAGGAAAAAUACAAAUUCUUUGUGCCCUGGAUGAUAACCACUGCCUUCUUUAUGUAUCUGAUGGUUUACGCGACUAUUGUUGUCCUGGCCAGAGGUGGAGAAUGGAUAUUUAUUCCUCUAAUGUUUCUGCCAGUUACAGCUUUCCUUGGCUAUGCCUUGUACUCGGUGCAAUUGGCCUUCGACAGGAUGCGGAAGGAGGAGCCGCCAGCAUACACCAACUUGAUGUCCAAGAAGGACUUUAUCAAUCACAUAUAGAAUGUAUAUCUUCUGUAAUCUGGGCCAGACCUAAUAUUAAUCAAUCAAAUAGGUACAUAAUGGGUGGCCCGAUUAGAUAAGCAAACAAAAAAUAUAAAUGAUAAUUCUGAAAAUGCGUCAUUUGUAA